UGAUCGAUAUGGUGUAGAGGGUGGAAGCUUUACGCUAUUCCAUUAUAAGGGUUCUUCCCACUCUCUCUCUCUUUCUCUCUCCCCAUUAUUGCAUUUUCUCCAUUUUUCUUUCCAUCAAUUAUCACAAGUUUUCAUCUUUUCAAUCGGAAGAAGAAAGAAUAUAAAUCCUAUAUGAAUAGGAUUUACGAUUGGGUUACUUCAUUUCGAUUCAGAAUUUCGUCUAUUUAACUCAAUUUCUUUUACGGAUCAUACGAAAGGAGGAGAAUUUCUAGAUGGGUAACAUCGGAAGUAACGCAAGUAAUGGUCGUCGCCGUCAAGGAAGCCGGCGUAACCAACCUCCACCACCUCCACCGAUGCAACCCUUACACGAUACAAUGACGAAUCGUUAUAUGUACUCUGCAACGCCUUACCCAAACCCUAAUGGUAAUAAUCCAUAUUAUCAAUACCCUGGUUACCCACCUCCUCCGGCGAUCACGAUGCCGAUGCCGGCUCCUUAUGAUCAUCAUCACCACCAACAUCAUCAUAGACCUCCACCGAUGUAUCCUUGUCCAAUGGUGCCUGCACCUGCUCCAUAUGUUGAACAUCAGAAAGCUAUGACCAUUCGUAACGAUGUUAAUCUGAAAAGAGAGACUUUGAAAGUUGAACCGGAUGAGGAUCAUCCUGGUUCUUUCCUCGUUGCUUUCACUUUCGAUGCCAUGGUUGCAGGAAGCAUGACAAUUAUCUUCUUUGCUAAAGAGGGUGAUGAUUGUGAUCUAACUCCGACCAAGGAAGAAUCAGUUCCACCAAUUAUAGUCCCUUUUGAACAAGGGUUAGGGCAGAAAUUUAAGCAGCCAUCUGGAACUGGUAUUGAUUUCUCCAAAUUUGAAGAAUCCGAGUUACUAAAGGAAGGUAACUUGGAAGUAUUUCCUCUAGCCAUCAAAGCUGAGACUGCUGUUGUCUCGUCAACCGGAGAUGAUGAUGCUAACCAACCAUCGUCGAAUUCACAAAUAACGAAUGCAGUAUUCGAGAAGGACAAAGGACAGUUUCGAGUGAAGGUGGUUAAACAGAUCUUAUGGGUGAAUGGAAUGAGAUAUGAACUGCAUGAGAUAUAUGGGAUAGGAGGAAACUCUGUUGAAGGUGAUAUAGAUGAUGAUGGGAAUGAUCCCGGGAAAGAAUGUGUCAUUUGUCUUUCUGAACCUCGAGAUACAACCGUUCUUCCCUGCAGACACAUGUGUAUGUGCAGUGGAUGUGCUAAGGUUUUGUCGUUUCAAACAAAUAGAUGUCCGAUUUGUAGGCAGCCUGUGGAGAGAUUUUUAGAGAUCAAGGUGAAUAAUGGACCAGAAUUGGAAGGUGAAGAAACAACUAAUAAUCAUUGAAAUGAAAUGAAAUGAAAGGUUGUUCUUAUUGUUAUUGCUGUGGUGGUUUUAAACUCUCAAUUUGUUGGUUUUCAAUUGCAUUCUACUUGUUUGAAGAAGACAAAUAAAAAAAGGCUUUGUUAACUAUUGUUGGUGUUUCUAGUGUGU